AUGGCUCAGGAUCCCGACCAGGCAAAGAAGCUGCAAGAGCUUCUAAAGAUGCUGUCGCUCUCCCAGAACGACGCAUCUAAGCUCACACAGCCCCAGCGUAAGCAGUUCGAGGAGUACAAGUUCUGGAAAACCCAGCCAGUGCCGCGGUUUGACGACGAGGUCGAAGACGAGGGCCCUAUUAAUAGUUCCCAGCGCCCGGAGAACAUCCCCAACGAACCACUCCCAUUGCUCAGCGAGUUCGAGUGGUGCACUGUCGACAUCACCGAUCCUCAUCAGCUCGAGGACGUUUUCGUGCUCUUGAAUGAGAACUACGUAGAAGACCAGGACGCCACUUUCCGCUUCAAUUACUCGCGCGAGUUCUUCAACUGGUCGCUGAAGCCCCCUGGUUGGAGAAAAGACUGGCAUGUUGGCGUGCGCACACGCCAGUCCAAAAGGCUCGUGGCCUUUAUUAGUGCGGUCCCAGCCACGCUACGUGUAAGAACAAAACUAGUGAAGAGCGUGGAAAUCAAUUUUCUGUGCAUCCACAAGAAGCUGAGGUCUAAGAGACUGACUCCAAUUCUCAUUAAGGAGGUGACUAGAAGGGUCAACAAGCAGGACAUCUGGCAGGCACUUUACACUGCUGGUGUGGUUCUGCCCUCUCCUGCAGCUACUUGCCGGUACGCACACCGUCCACUAAACUGGUCCAAGCUUUAUGAAGUCGGUUUCACUGGGCUUCCCGCCAACGCCUCUAAAACGCAAAUGAUCGCAAAGUACACUUUGCCCAAAGAGAUCGAUACUCCUGGUUUAAGACCCUUAGAAGAAAAGGAUUUGGAUGAAGUCUACGACCUCUUAGAAAAGUACCAGUCCCGUUUUGACCUGGUCCAAGUCUUCACCAAAGAGGAAUUUCGUCAUUUGCUUUUGAGCUCCACGUCCGUCGUGUACUCCUACGUGGUCGAAAGCAACAAUAAGAUUACUGACUUUGUCUCCUUUUACUCUCUGCCCUUCACUGUGUUGAACAAUCCCCAUUACAAAGAGCUCGGGAUAGGGUAUUUGUUCUAUUACGCAUCUGACGCAGACUUCGACUACAGCGAUAGGUAUGAUUCUGAAGGCAGCCUGAAGCUUAAGAAGAGAUUAAAUCGUCUCAUCAGUGACGUGUGCAUUAAGGCGCGCGAUCUUAAGAUGGAUGUCUUCAACGCCAUGAGUUGCCAGGACAAUUCCUUGUUCUUGGAUGAUCUAAAGUUUGGUCCAGGCGAUGGCUUCCUUAACUUCUACCUAUUUAACUACAGGGUGCGCCCAAUUUUAGGAGGAUUGAGGAAAGACAAUUCUUUCGACGCUGAGAAGCGCAGUAACGUCGGUGUCGUAAUGCUCUAG